AGUUGUCGAGAACACAAACAAGCUACAUUAGCAUACCUGCAGCCGUCCUGAUAGCCUCAGUAUACUACAUCUCCACGCAGAGAUUAGUCUCCCCGCGAUGUCGGAGCUAAAAUACCUGUCAGGUUUCGGAUCAGAGUUCAGUUCCGAGGACCCGCGUCGUCCGGGUGCACUGCCGGUUGGUCAGAAUUCCCCACAGCGUUGCCCGUACGGUCUCUACGCUGAACAACUCUCAGGGUCCGCAUUUACCGCACCACGGAAUGAUAACAAACGAUCCUGGCUCUACAGAAUUCGUCCAUCCGUCGUACAUCAGCCAUUCCAAAAAAAGGAUAUCGCUAAAUAUCUUACCCACAACUGGGAUGAAGCGGAACCGGAUCCUAAUCAAUCUCGCUGGCUCCCCUUUGACAUCCCGCCAACGGAUCAGAAGGUCAACUUCGUUGAAGGUUUGCACACGGUGUGUGGCGCGGGGGAUCCGCGGGCACGCAACGGUCUGGCCAUACAUGUCUACCUGUGCAACUCAUCUAUGGAUAAGAGUGCCUUUUACAGCAGUGAUGGAGAUCUACUGAUAGUACCGCAACAAGGAAACCUGAAAAUAACUACGGAAUUCGGGAUAAUGAAGAUAUCUCCAAACGAGAUAGCCGUGAUACAGCUCGGCAUGAGAUUCGCUGUCGAAGUGGAUGGUCCUAGCCGGGGCUACAUUCUAGAAGUAUUCGAUGGCCAUUUCAAGCUGCCUGAUUUAGGACCCAUUGGAGCAAACGGUUUGGCAAACCCAAGAGACUUUCUAACUCCUGUUGCUUGCUACCACGACGAAGACAUACCAGGAUUUAAAAUAAUAAACAAAUAUCAAGGGACAAUUUUUGAAGCGGUACAGAACCAUUCUCCGUUCGACGUAGUAGCUUGGCACGGAAACUACGUGCCCUACAAAUACGAUCUCAGCAAAUUCAUGGUCAUCAAUUCUGUAUCAUUUGACCAUUGUGACCCGUCCAUAUUCACGGUACUGACCUGUCAGUCUACAAAGCCCGGCGUGGCGAUCGCUGACUUUGUUAUUUUCCCGCCGCGAUGGUCAGUGCAGGAAAAUACAUUCAGACCUCCGUAUUAUCACCGGAAUUGUAUGAGCGAGUUCAUGGGACUUAUUCUGGGCUCAUAUGAAGCGAAAGAGGACGGUUUCCUUGCGGGCGGAGCAUCAUUACACUCUAUGAUGACGCCUCACGGACCCGACGCGCAGUGCUUUGAAGGCGCGUCUAAUGCACAACUAUCACCUCAGAAGAUCGCAGUUGGCACUCAGGCGUUUAUGUUCGAAUCAUCUCUGAGUAUGGCCAUCACACGUUGGGGGCUGCAGACAUGUCAGAAACGAGACGCACGUUACUACGAGUGUUGGCAGAAACUACCCAAACUGUUCUCUGAUAAGAUACAAGUUUAAAUUUUAUCGUCUUGUAGUCCGCUGUAUACAUUUAUCAAGCUACAGAAAUUUGUAUACGUUUAGUUUAUAAAAUAUGUAUGCGUGUCUGUCUGUGCUGUCCAAAAAUAUAAGUUAUUUACGGAUAAGUGGAAUUUUUAAACCUACAGUAGUUUCUGAACUUUUUUUGAUGUAAACACAUUUAUGAAGCUGACUGUACAUAUGUCAACUAUGUUAUUUUUUGGAAUCCAACCUUCAUUACUCUUGUAACGUUUAAACAUUUUUAAACAAUUUUGGGGAUAACACUUAUAUCUAUUAUGUUAGGUUUUGAAAAAUAAAACAACACAUAUUA